AGGAGAAAUGGCGGACUGGGACUUGAAGGCUUUCCUCGGCUGGGACCGUCCAUCAUCAAGAAGGGUCUCGACCGACACAGAUAGCAGUGCCUCUGAAUUUCGGGAGCGGUUUUCUUGAUUCAUUGAGAAGGUAGUUUCGCAUAUAUGAGCGGAAGCUGGUACGACGAGUUCCCAUCUCUUAGAUUCUAACUCCAGUCGGCGAGCUGGCAUCUGCUUUCAUCACAUCGAGUAACGCAGCGUUGCCUUCCAGCAUCGUUUCGAGGCCUACCAUGGAUCCAAGGAAGGGACAGGCCCAGUGGCAGCAGCAGGGAGCAGGCGGCAUGCUGGGAAGCAGCCAGCAACAGUCAGGCCAGGGCGUUCAGCAGCAAGGACAGCAGCAGGGGCAACAGGGGGGGCAGGGUUUCUCGUAUUCCUACUCCGCCUCUUAUUCCAGCGGAGCUAGUGGCCAAUCAGGGCAGGCGUCUUUCUCAAGCGAUAAGGGAGGUGGUGACGUGGAGCACCAUCACGUCUCGUGGGGUCCAGGACAGGCGCCGCAGCACCACCAUUUCUCUACCCAGGGCCAGCAGGAGGGAGGGCAGCAAGGGGGAGGCCAGCAAGGUCAAAAGAUGCCGGACGACUUGGCAGCUCUGCAGCAGGCGAGAAACGCUAUUCAGAUGGACUCAAUUCGUGCUGUUCAGGACCUACACCAACGGGCAGGGGGGCAGCAGCAGGCUCAACAGGAGGGGCCACGUCAGGGACAGAAGUAGGGACAUGGUUGUUGGAGUGAUAGGAUACUUGUCCUUUAAAGAGACAGAAAAUAAGGAAUUUUCCGUUUGUAAAUAGUGGAAUGGCUGAAUGUUCAAAUAUAAACGGAGCUUGAGUGACCCU